GGAAACUGCAGGAGAGACUCGUCCUCUGCAAACACACUCGGGUUUGGUGCGGGGUGGGCAGAGCGUGGCGCGUGCGGGAGCGUGGGCACGGGUAAAUGCGUGGGAGAUGGGAGAGGGAGGAAAGGUGGGAAGGGGAAGGGAAAAGGGAAGGAAAGGAAAGGAAAAAGGGAAAAUCUCAGAAGAGUCUCUGAACUGAGUCCAUCUCCACUCAUGAUCCAGGUGGAUCUGCACAGAAAACCGUGUUUGUUUUUUUUUGUUUGCUUGCUUGCUUUUAUCACUGUCAUUCUUACUGUGGAACAAAACAAGGAGGGAAGGAUCACCCACUGCUGCCUGAAGCAGCCAGGGUCAGGCUGCGAAGGGAGCUGCUUGGGGAGGAAAGUGCAGCUCUCCGGGGGUACCAGGACCGGGGCUGGAGCCGUGCCGAGCCAUGCCACAGCCGGGACCGGCACCAGGCGCUCCCCACAGAGGGGAAACUUUCUUAGAAAAACAGCCUCUACAAUGGGAACAGUGUGGAUACAAAUAUUUUGGCCUAACACCCCCCUCCCCAUACGCUUCACAAACCUGUUUGGUUUUUUUGUUUGUUUGUUUUUCUGGCACGAAUUGUGCAAGUGGAGCAGCCUUGGCCCAGGAGGAUGCUGAGCCUCAGCAGCAGGAUGCUGUGCAGGGCUGCAGGGGAGCACCACAGCCCGGUCAUCUGUGCACCAACACCGCCCUCACGUGUCGGGGAGCUGGGAGACCAGCCCUGUGCCUGCUCUGCUCUGCUCGCAGCAGCCUCUUGGCUUGCUGGAGGCAAUGCACAGCCAACACCAAGGUCUGCAGGAUUUCAAAUGUGGAGCUCCGUGGAAAUCCGGGCCAAAACAGACAAGAAGUAGAGAAACUGUCCAUGGCAAGAGUGCAGAGGGCAAGGAAACUUGAUGACUGUGAGAGAACACCAAGAGUUGCAAAGAAGAUCUCAGGAUAUCUGCGGAUGGGAACUCCUGCGUGAACCCCCAUUCCACACUGAAGAAGCACUGUUUUGGAACAAAAACAUUAUUUUAUUCUCUCCUUAUUCAUAUUGAGUAAAUAUAUAUGAGGUAUUUUAAUAAUAAUCAUUCUGAAUGAUCUCAAUGUUAUGAAUGUACCCGCUGCUUCCUAGCAGUUUCCCUGGCUUUUCAGACUCUGCCUGUGGAAAGCCCCAGUGCUUUUUAAAGUCCUUUCAUCUCUGAAACUUUUUCUGGUCAUAUUAUUUCCUUUUAACCCUAUUAAAACUACAGUGUUGUACAUUCCUUAUCAUUUUCAUUCAUCUGUUGCCAAACUGCUACCUAUAGCAUUUAUCUGAUGCUAUUAAGGUCUACUGGAUGAAAUGAUAGAUCAAUAUUUACCCUAAAUAGGGUAAUCGGAUAGGGGGAAAAAAAAUCAAAAACCAAACAGAUAUGGAUCUAAAUCACUCUUAAAGACACAACAUAAGACACAAAUGUAGCAAAGUUAGCUUAAAACCCAGUCAUCCUUGACUGAAAUGCCACUAAAAAAGCAAGCAGCAUCUGUUCCCUUCUGUUUUGGAGAGUUAAUGGUUGUGGGCUCUCUAAAUAUGGGGUAUGAGACCCUGGUCCCCAAGGGUCAGCCCUUAACAAAAGUGCAGUUUGUAGC